AUGGCUUUCCAAGUAUGCCAGGUUUUUCUGUUAAUCGCUCUGUUGCUCCCCUCGUUUGAUGGGCUUACAAAAUCCCAAGCCACAAAGCCCUCCAAACAUGGCGAAGUUCACCGCGCGAAAAGUCAGAUCGACUCGUUGAUUUACGAGUUGACUUUAGAUGUGAAAUAUUUUAACGAAAAGGAAACUAAGGCCAAGGCUAUGCAGAAAGAUACCGCGAAAUUGACUCGUGUCGCCAAAGAAGAAAUCGCCCUGUUGAGGCCAGUUCAACAUCUUUUGGAAAAGCUCUCCAAGGGGAAUACUUCGAGUGGAUAUCAACCUUGUAUGACCUGGUCAGGCGGUAAAAUACCGAUACGAAUUGAUGCGGUAUCCCCACUGCUCGAAAACAUCACUAUAAGUGUACCAGGCAAAGAUAAAGAUUUUUUGUCCCGAAUUUAUCAAUUGGAUAAAGGCAUUCAUGUUUCUUUUUUUUCCCCGCAGAUCGAAGCAAAAAAAGUUCUUUUGAGACCUACUUUGAGCGAAGUCAAGCCAACUGAUGUAAACAAUAAGAAAUUGUAAAUUCCAUACAUUUGCGUUUUGAACUCUCAAAAUUUAACAUAUAAGAAGAGGAGGGAAGAAGAAAGAAAUCUAAAGUGAGAAUAGCAACAAAUUAUUCAACGUUUCAAAACAGUUGCUGACCUCUUUAAAAAGUCACUAUAUGAAUUCAGCCUAAUGUUCUGCCAGAAUAUCUACUGUAAAAAUUAGUGUGGAAGAACCAUGAAUAAAUAAUAGCCCGUUUUAAUAGCAUGUGAAAUAAGGUAAAACAAUUUUUAAACAUCAGUUAUUUGUGUCACUCAGCCACAAAUCAUGCUAUCGCACAAACCUAAACAUAAAACCUAAUUCUCAAAUGGGUUUUUCCUACCUUCAUAUAUCAUAGGAAAUUAUCUGCCAUCCUUUUUUCAAGGUUGACUAAAAAAAAUUUUCCCAGAUUUGGUUCUUACCCUUGGUCAAAGGUGGAAUACUUUGAAUGACUCGCGACAUUGAUUGGGAUGAGUCCUCUCCUCAGUGAACCACCGAGAGCUGCUAGACCGCGGACGACUGACAGGUGAAUAUGGCGAAGAUUUGCAGGUCUAUUACCAUGACAACGGGCAGCAACCGUUCCAAAUUGACCGUGUCAUCAGUGGUCUCGGAACAAAAUCAGCAACUGUCCACUUUCGACUGCAGGCUCCGAUAUCAUCCGACACCGCUGAUGACGGGUCUUAUUUUUUGGUCCUCGGUGCUUCCGUCAGUGGAAGUGCAAUGGAUGAUCCUGCCAAAGUGUACGCAUUUUUCGACGAUUUUUCGAGCGCAACUUUAAAGAAAGAAUGGGUGAAAAGCUGGGGGAAAUGGAGCGUGCAAAACGGGAGGUUGCUGGGAAGCACAAUGCAAAGUAAAGAUUUAACCAAAGAUCAUAUUGAGGUCGGACUGUAUCUCAAAUCAGGUUUUCAGUGGAAAGAUGUUGAGAUAGAGCUUGACUUCAUGGAGACUGGAAAGAGUAAGACCGCUUCUGGACCAUUCCUGCGCCUCAGCGAUGUGAGCCUCAGCAAAACCACAGGGUGGUGGUUUCAGUACUACUCUGGUCAUUCUGACUCUUCCUAUCUGAGACCCCAAGUGAAUAAUAAAGAUGGUGUCUGGUUAAUCAAAGGAAAACUACCCACAACCUACAGAAUGAACAAAUGGUUCCACUUCAAGUAUCGAGUGCUUGGAGACAGAUUUUCCCAAUGGGCGAAUGGCAAAAUUGUACACGACAACAUUCAAGUGAGCUCCAAAUGGAUGAUACCAGCAGGAACAUUUGGACUGGGAUGUUAUCACUCCCCCCACAACUGCAAAACACUUUAUGACAACAUUAAAGUGACUUUCGUGGUUUCUACACCCCCAAACAUCACCCUUGGAUCUUUCCAAUCAUUCGUUCCAGAGAAAAGUGCUCUGUUAGGCGAGAAAAAGCUUCCAGCGGACUCAUGCAAACAGAUCCAUGAUGCAAGUCUCGCGAGCAACAAACCGCGCGCUAAGAAUGGCGUUUACUGGAUCAAGACAGACCUCCAAGGCAGCUCGUCUGUGCAGACUUACUGCGACAUGAAAAACGGUGGCUGGACCCUUGUCGGCAAAAUCAGCGGAAAUGUGGGCAACAUUUACAAUAAAUGGUUGGUGUCUAAGCACAACACUGCAUCGCUCAAGUCUCCAAAGAUCACAGGAAAGAAACAGUUUGCCUGCAUUGACGCACGCAGCUUAGCAGUAGAUGAAUCGUCCACAGUCCUGUUGUCCAGCGGUGAGAGGAUGGAUAGGUUGGGGAGCAAGUGGGUCAUGUGGAGGUUGCCUGGUAGCAGAGAAAAAGACUCAUUUUGGCGCCAUUCUGUUGGACCAUCAACUGUAAAGGCAGCUGUACAAACACCCAUCAUGGUGUACGCUUGGAAUGGAAACAAAAAGGUAACAGCAUUGACGAUAACAACUCGCCUUUCCUUUAUCGAAAAUAUGCUGCACUGGGGGGUUCAAGGGGAUUAGAAAGGGCGCUCCCUACCCCUUCCCUAAAAGUCUGAAUCCGCCACUGACCAGUGUCCUUUAAGUCCAAGUUGUGGAGUGGAUAGCGUUAUCCACUGGAGAAAUUUCUAUCCAAUGAAUAACGCAGUUGUUUCUCCUAUACUUGUUCAUUUAACAAUUUAUUGAAUAAGGCUGAGUAUAAUCGGCACGGUUUCAAUAAUUUUUCUUCUUGCAGAUACUCAUCAAAAAGUAGAUAAAAUCCGGUAGCCUCGUUUCCAGGGAAAUAUACCAUCAGUCAACCUCGUUACCAAGCAAGUAUACCAUCGAAUCGAUGGUAUAUUGCUCGUAUCUUCCAUAUUUGAUCAACGACGGCUGAUCAUGAAGAAUUUUCCUGGGAGAAAUGAGCCAAUCAGAAACCGUGAAACAUUUUGAAUGAAUAAUAACAUGAUUUACCCGUUGGAUAGCACUAUCCAACGCUAAAGGGGAGAUCUAAAGGAAGGCUUGUCGCUUUUAAACUCGGUUGCAAAAACACUUGACUGAAGAGAAGAGUCAGCCUUGCAAUUCACACCCUAUCUCAGAGUACAUUUAUCGAGCGGUGCACAAAAUACUAGUUUAUCUCAAACAAUCAGUCACCUCAAAACAGCUUUCUGUAGGUCUCUUGCUGAUUGUUUUUCUCCUAGAUCUGUUACCAAAACAAGUUUGGGAUAAUGCCUUCCGCUGGACAUGGAGGUUCGUAUCCUUACGCCUCUCUUAACACUGCAGGCAGCACCGCCACAAACGACUACUGUAUGUCUGUUGGGGUCAUGACUAAAGGAUCCACUGCGCACGGCUGGUCCCAGAAUGUCGAUGGUUACGACAGUCCAAGCAGUGAUUCUGAUUGGCCGAACAGUUCAUACAACCACCAGUCUCCACAUCUGACGGUCUGGCUCAAGUAACCAUGGUUACAUUUCAAGAGUUGCUUUGCAUUGCGAGUAAACAGAAGAGUAAUAUUGGGUAAAGGGUAGUAAUUUUUGAGCGCUGGAAAAUGAUUGACUUUGCUAAGGGGCCAAUUUUGUUGAGAGAAAGAAGUUCAGUAAUUGUUUUGAUUAGAGUAAGUAAUCUUAAAAAUAAAAGUGCCGCAUCGCAAUUGAGAACAAAGCCUAGGUUAUUUAGUUUACUCUGUCAAGACUUUUCCCUACAAUAAUUUGUAGCUUGUGUAACCUAAUACGUUUUUAGUUGAGAGGGUAUUACAUUUUUUUCCCGCUAACUAUUAACUAAGGGUUUGCGUCCAAACGCCAAAAAUAAAAGAGUGAUGGGUAAACGUUUUGUUGAGUGUUUUUUAGUGAGAAGAAAAAGAGAUCUACUCUCAUGGAAGAAAAUGAAAACGCAAAACGUUUAUCACUUUCAGGAACACUGAAGCGUCCGGAACCCACCAGUCAGUCUCGUUUCAGUUUCGCUUCAUGGCUCAUGGUAAUUACCGAUGAUUUUGAGAAUUCAAGUAAAUCCUUAUUUCCAUACGAUCAAUACGAAAUGUCAAAGUCUAUUUAUGCGAUCGCAGCGAUUACACUGAAUUAACGCUUCGACAAGCUUUCAACGCAAUGAUUAAAUAUAGUUCAGUUCCAAUUUAAGAUAAUUUCCGUAUAUCGUUACUUUUUCAGAUCACUGGACUGCUCACCUUUGUUCAGUUUGUCGUGAUCCGACAACCACGCCGUGGUGGUAACAAUGAUGGAAAUAUGGCUUACAUAGCUUCCUUCUAGUGAUAAACCUGAAUAUCCUUCCAUAAUAAGGGAGAACACAUUUUAGGGGCCCCUUGCCCUCCCACGUCAACAGAAACGUCUGAUACUCAGGCUACCUGGUGAUAAAGCGUUCCUUCUUUAGCGCUUCAUUUUUUGCUCCGGGAACAAAAAGGGGGUAGAAUUCAAUGGCUACAGUUGUUCUUACCUCAACUGAUACAACUGGGAUUGUUUUUGUUAUCGGCAGAGAUUCAGAACCGUGACACGAGGACUACUUCAACACACCAAGGCUGGCCGUUUUCUAUUGUGAUAAUCGUAGUUGAAACCAGCAGCUUUUUCAAUGUAGGCUGGCCCCAUGAUUUUAAAUAAAGUUGUAGCUGGAUAUUAAGGUACAGGACCUCCACCACAAUUUCCCCUACAAUAUCACUCGCAUACUGUCUCAGUUUAUUUUUCCACGCAUCGGAUCAUAUCAAUAACGUAAGGCACGUAAAGCCAGUCAGCUAAAUUCAAAGUUGAGUCUUUCCGACUUUAAUGCACAUAAUAUUUAAUAAAAUGUACAAGUUAUUGUUUAUGUAUCAAACUGCGUGACCAAUAUAUAUACAACAAAUUUGGGAGCGUGAGCUUUUUCGUUACGUCUGAAUACGUAACCAGUCUAUACAAUUCACGAAAAUAUCACUUGAAAAUCUAGCCUCCGAAUUCUCCGACUAUCAUGAUUCAUUCAGUCAUUCGGCAACCAUUUCUUUGUAUAGCCAACAUUUUAAUUUUUAUAAAAUAACUAAGAUAGUAGGCGCGCUUUGAUUGGCUGAGAGGAAUGUUUGCAUGCGAGUAUGUAGACAUGGUUGUGUCGUCAAGAAGUUUUGCUUUUCGCGCGCUAAUCACGCCAAGCACGAAUUUGAAAAAGUUUUCGAGUUAAAAACUCGACAAGUUUACUUUAUUUACCCAUUCCUUCGUCGGCUGAAACUUGGAAAAUCGUUACAAAGAAGGGGUGUGAUUUUUUUUGCGCUUAAGCUGACAUUUUAGGCGAGAAAAGUCCGUAUUUUGGAAAGCAUCUUUUUGCAAAACAAGAAACUGAUUACGCGUGCAAGACUUCACGGACAAGAUUUUGCGACUGGUAAGAAUUUCGCUUUUAAUCGGAGCGAUACAAAGAGUUUUGCGUCUUUACUCGGGAAAGGUAUUUUAUAAAAGAAAUAGAAAACUUUUUUCCUGUGUUUGCAUAGCCUGCUAUAAACACUCGAGGCGUUGGGAGAAUUCUCGACAGUUAUGCAAACCCUCGACUUCGUCUCGGGUUUGCACAACUAUCUCAAAUUCUCCCAACCCGUCUCGUGUCUAUAUCAGGCUAUGCAAACACGGAAAACGUUUUCUAUUGCUUAAACAAUUGCCAACUAUUGCAGUGAGUCGUAUUCGCGCCAUCGAAAUGGCUUUCCAAGUAUGCCAGUUUUUUCUGUUAAUCGCUUUGUUGCUCCCCUCGUUUGAUGGGCUUACAAAAUCCCAAGCCACAAAGCCCUCCAAACAUGGCGAAGUUCACCGCGCAAAAAGUGAAAUCGACUCGCUGAUCUACAAGUUGACUUUAGAUUUGAAAUCUUUUAAUGAAAAGGAAACUAAGGCCGAGGCUAUGCAAAAGGAUGCCGCGAAAUUGGCUCGUGUCGCCAAAGAAGAGAUCGCCUUGCUAAGACCAGUUCAACAUCUUUUGGAAAAGCUCUCCAAGGGGAAUACUUCGAGUGGAUAUCAACCCUGUAUGGACUUGUCAGGCGGUAAAAUACCGAUACGAAUUGAUACGGUAUCCCCACUGCUCGAAAACUUCACUAUAAAUGUACCAGGUAAAGAUAAAGAUUUUUUGCCCCGAAUUUAUCAAUUGGAUAAAGGUAUUGAUGUUUUUCUUUUUUAGCAAAUCUAAGCCAAGAAAGUUCUUUUGAGAGCUACUUUGAGUGAAGUCAAGCCAACUAAUGUAAACAAUAUAAGAAACAGUAAAUUCGAUACAUUUGCGUUUUGAACUCUCAAAAUUUAAAAUAUAACAAGAGGAGGGAAGAAGAAAGAAAUCUAAAGUGAGAAUAGCAACAAAUUAUUCAACGUUUCAAAACAGUUGUUGACCUCUUUAAAUAUGUUGCGGAAUUCUUAUAACCCCGCUCGCUGGUUCAAACAAAUCAAGAGGACUGUAUCUUUCGACGUAACAACACGAUUUAAUCCAGUCCAACAAUCUAUGCGAUGUACAAUUCUCACAUAUUCAACGGUCGUAACACAAAGAACAACGAUCAAAGAUCAAUUAUCAACGUAACUAAACGAUCAAUUAACACAUUCUAAGUAUACAGAGUUUUUUUCUACUAUCCUUGCGUAAGGUAGUAUUUUUACAUUAAUCAUAUGUACAGUAAAAGUUCCCAUUGCAAUGUAUCUAAAUUAAGUGACAAUUACAAAAUCACAUGUUCUUUAACCUUAGCCUAAGAAAAUGCAUGCAGUUACAUCAUUUUAUAUCGUAAAUGUACGCGGACUUUGUCAACAUUAUUGUGAAAUCUAAUGUCACGAAAUCUAGCUUCUUUGCGCUACAAAAAAACAAUUUCUAAUUAAUAUUUAAUCACAAAAUAAUCAAGUUAAGCAUCACCUAUUUCUUUACUGACAAAAUAAUCACUCAAUGAAUUCAGCCUAAUCUUCUGCCAGAAUACCUACCUGUGAAAAUUAGUGUGGUAGAACCAUGAAUAAACAAUAGCUCGUUUUAAUAGCAUGAAAUAAGGUAUAACAAUUUUUAAAGAUCAGUUAUUGUGUCACUCAGCUACAAAUCAUGCUAUGGCACAAAUCUAAACAUAAAACCUAAUUCUCAAAUGGGUAUUUCUUACCUUCAUAUAUCAUAGGAAAUUAUCUGCCAUCCUUUUUUCAAGGUUGACUAAAAAAAAUUUCCCAGAUUUGGUUCUUAUCCUUGAUCAACGCUGGAAUACUUUGAAUGACUUGCGACAUUGAUUGGCAUGAGUCUUCUCUCCUCAGUGAACCACCGAGAGAUGCUAGACCGCGGACGACUAACACGUGAAGAUGGCGAAGAUUUGCAGGUCUAUUACCAUGACAACGGGCAGCAACCGUUCCAAAUUGACCGCGUUAUCAGUGGCCUGGGAACAAAAUCAGCAACUGUCCACUUUCGACUGCAGGCUCCGAUAUCAUCCAACACUGCUGAUGACGUGUCUUAUUUUUUGGUGGUCGGUGCUACGGUCAGCGGAAGUGCCAUGGAUGAUCCUGCCAAAGUGUACGCAUUUUUCGACGAUUUUUCGAGUGCGACGUUAAAGAAAGAAUGGGUGAAAAACUGGGGGAAGUGGAGCGUACAAAACGGGAGCUUGCUGGGAAGCACAAUGCAGAGUAAAGAGUUAACCAAAGAUAAUAUUGAGGUCGGACUGUAUCUCAAACCAGGCUUUCAAUGGAAAGAUGUUGAAGUCGAGCUUGACUUAAUGGAAACAGGGGCAUCAAAGAGCUGUCCUGGGCCACUACUGCGCCUCAGUAAUGCGGGCCUGUCCAAAACGACGGGUUGGUGGUUUGAAUACUGCAUAAGCGAUGACAGAACCUGUACAAUGAGACCCUUGUUCAAUAACAACGACGGCAGCUGGAAAUACAACACAAAGUUACCCACAGCUUUGCAAUUAAACAAGUGGUUUCACUUCAAAUAUCGAGUGAUGGGUGACAGAUUUUCUCAAUGGGCAAACGGCAAAGUUGUACACGACAGCAUCCAAGUGAGCUCGAAGUGGAUGAUACCAGCAGGAACAUUUGGACUGGGAUGUCAUCACUCCCCCAACAACUGUAAAACCCUUUAUGACAAUAUCAAAGUGACUUUCGUGGUUUCUACACACCCAAACAUCACCCUGGGAUCUUUCCAGUCAUUCCUUCCCAAGAAAAGUGCCCUGUUAGGCGAGAAAAAGCUUCCUGCAGACUCAUGCAAACAGAUUCAUGAUGCAAGUCUUGUGAGCAACAAACCGCGUGCUAAGAAUGGCGUUUACUGGAUCAAGACAGACCUCCAAGGCAGCUCGUCUGUGCAGACUUACUGCGACAUGAGAAACGGUGGCUGGACCCUUGUCGGCAAAAUCAGCGGAAAUGUGGGCAACAUUUACGAUAAAUGGUUGGUGUCUAAGCACAACAAUGCCUCGCUGAAGUCUCCAAAGAUCACAGGACAGAAACAGUUUGCUUGCUUUGACGCGCGCAGCUUAGCAGUAGAUGAAUCGUCCACAGUCCUGUUGUCCAGCGGUGAGAGGAUGGAUGGGUUGGGGAGCAAGUGGGUCAUGUGGAGGUUGCCUGGAGGUAGGGAAAAAGACUCGUUUUGGCGCUAUUCUGUUGGACCAUCAGUUGUAAAGGCAGCUGUACAAACACCCGUCAUGGUGUACGCUUGGAAUGGAAACAAAAAGGUAACAGCAUUGAUGAUAAGAACUUGCCUUUCCUUUGUCGAAAAUAUGCUACACUGGGGGGUCCAAGGGGAUUGGAAAGGGCACUCCCCACCCUUUCCCUAAAAGUCUGAAUCUGCCACUGACCUGUGUCCUUUAAGCCUAAGUUGUGGAGUGGAUAGCGUUAUCCACCGGACAAAUUUCCAUCCAGUGAAUAACGUCAUUGUUUCCCCCAUACUUGUUCAUUUAACAAUUUAUUGAAUAAGGCUGAGUAUAAUCGGCACGGUUUCAGGAUUUCUUCCUCUAGCAGAUACUCAUCAAAAAGUACGUAAAAUCCGGCAGCCUCGUUUCCAGGGAAAUAUACCAUAAAUCAACCUCGUUACCAAGCAAAUUUACCAUCGAAUCGAUGGUAUAUUGCUCGUAUCUUCCAUAUUUGAUCAACGACGGCUGAUCAUGAAGAAUUUUCCCAGGAGAAAUGACCAAUCAGAAACGGUGAAACAUUUUGAAUGAAUAAUAACAUGAUUUACCCGGUGGAUGGCACUAUCCAAAGCUAAAGGGGAGAUCUAAAGGAGGGCUUAUCGCUUUUAAACUCGGUUGCAAAAACACUUGACUGAAGAGAAGAGUCAGCCUUGCAAUUCACACCCUAUCUCAGAGUACAUUUAUCGAGCGGUGCACAAAAUACUAGUUUAUCACAAACAAUCAGUCACCUCAAAACAGCUUUCUGUAGGUCUCUUGCCGAUUUUUUUUUCUCCUAGAUCUGUUACCAAAACAAGUUCGGGAUAAUGCCUAAGGCGAAUCAUGGAGGUUCGUAUCCUUACGCCUCUUACAACACUGCAGGCAACACCGACACAAACGACUACUGUAUGUCUGUUGGGGUCAUAACUAAAGGAUCCACUGCGCAUGGCUGGUCCCAGAGUGCCAGUGGUUACGAUAGUCCAAGCACUGAUUCUGAUUGGCCGAACAGGUCAUACAGCCACCAGUCUCCACACCUGACGGUCUGGCUCAAGUAACCAUGGUUACAUUACAAGAUUUGCUUUGCAUUGCGAGUUAACAGAAGAGUAAUAUUUGGUGAAGGGUUGUAAUGUUUGAGCGCUGGGAAAUAGUUUUGUAUUUUCGGAUUUUGCUCUUAUGAUAAGGGACAGUUUUUGUUGAGAGAAAGACUUUGUUGGGCUACAUUGUUUUGAUUAGAGUACCUAAGGAACUCUAGGAAAAGUUUCUGUAGUCUUAAGGGUAUCUUAAAGGUAUUAAGGAAACGGGAAAGAUAGGAAUAGGAAAAAUAGGAAAUCGUAAAAAUGCUUUGGCAUAUGUUAAGCCUGUGCUGUGCUAAGCUACCAAUACGAAAACAACAAACAACAACAAU